CGCUACAGGGUUUUCAGGGAAUCUGUCAGAUUAGAGUAACGUUAAGUAUGUCAAUUUGACGUAUUUGGCUGUAUAUGACACAUUUAUUCCUAAUAGACGGGCUUUAUGCCACUAAAUUCGUGUACCAUAACGUUUCAGACACCAAAGAAGACACUUUGCUUGAAAAUGCCUAAAAAAUCAAAAAAGAGAAAGCGCAAGAAGUCGUCAUCCUCAAGUGAAGAAGAUGAGAAGUCAUCCAGGGAACAAGAUGUUACUAAGGAUUACAAAAGUGGAAAGACGAAGCACGAUGUAAAAAGUCAGGAGAGCUGUGCAGCAAAACGAGAAAAGUGUGAGAAGUCGUCGUGCAAGAAGUCGGCGUCCUCAAGUGAAGGAGAUAAGAAGUCAUCCAAGGAACAAGAUGUUACUAAGAAUUACAAAAGUGGAAAGACGAAGCAAGAUGUAAACAGUCAGGAGAGCUCUGCAGCAAAACAAGAAAAGUGUGCUUUGCCUUCCGUUAAAGAUGUUUCCCAAAGCACCCGCCUCAUCAAAAGGCCUGUCUACAGACGGUCAAAAACACAAGCAACAGACCAGAAACCUGUUCAUAAGAGAGACCACACAAAACCAAAACGUGAAAUUUCAGGUAAAGAUAACACUGUCAGUAGGUGUAAGACUGCGGAAAGCGGACCCUCAAAACCAUCGAACAAUGCAGGUACAGUUCCUCAGAGGACAGAGAAGACGUCUAAAGGGAGCACAGAUCAAAAAUCUUCCCACAGCAGCACAUCCAAAUUGAAAAAGCAGCGAAGGAGUCCCAUUUUAGUUUCUGCUAAUCAGAAAGAACGGAAGAAGAAGUGCAGAGCUGAGGAACCACCAAGGACUAGAAAUAAAAGCAACACUGUCGAGACCAGAGAACCAAGCAAGGCCUCUGUCUCUACGGAUACUUCAUGGGAGAAGAGAACAGAACUGUUCAAGAAGAUGUGCCAACGGCAUCAAGAAAAUAAGGCCAAAAGGAGCUCGUGUACAGAGGCAAAAACUCCUUCUGUCUCUACCGCAAAGCAUUCCUCCACUUCAUCCAAGCAGACCACCUCAGUUAGUAGCUCAAAUGUGGGGAAGAAUGUCAGAACAGUCCCAGGGAGUUUCACAUCGAUGUCAUUUAAAACAGUCAAGUCCUCAUCUGUUCAGAAACAAAAAUGCUGUCCUGUGUCAGCUCUGCCUCUCCAGUUUAAGAUAUCUAAAAAGGUUCAACCAAGACCAGCAGAUAGCACCGGUAACAAUAACGGCGCUAGUUCCUCAAACAGAAAUCUCAAGCAUGGGACUGAACCGCCAGACUCUGGGGCCUCAAGAAGCAAAGCCGUGCAGGAGACUGUCCAACAAGCUCACCGCUGUGUGGACGUUACACCUAGUUGUUCAUCUGAAGGGCAAGAUAAGAGGACGUUUCCGUCAAGCCAACCCCCAGCUCAUACAGUCGCUGAGCCGCGGUAUGCCCAGAUGCAAGUGGUUGAAGAGCUUCAUCUCGCCCGGUCUGAGAAGCGACUGGAGGUGAACGUGAUGCAAAGCUAUGGGGAGCUCACCUGUAUGGAGAUAGACCCUCCGGAAGAGGGAGCGGCAGACACGCACUGUAAACCGCCUCAGCAAGACCUAAUCCUUGUUUUGGACACCAACAUUCUCCUCAGUCACCUGGAUUAUGUGAAAACGAUCAGGUCUCACGGCCUUGGAGCGCUGGGCGUCCCUACAGUCCUGAUCCCCUGGGUGGUGCUUCAGGAGCUGGAUUCCCUAAAAAGGGGGAGGGGCAUGUCGGGUUCUGUGGCGCACCUGGCAACUCCUGCCAUCUCGUACAUAUACAACGUCCUGAAGAACCGAGGACAUCACCUGUGGGGGCAGUCUAUGCAGCAGGCCGCUGAGGGCAGCAAUGGCCUAAAUGCUGAGAAUAAUGAUGACCGGGUGCUGCAGUGCUGCCUGCAAUACCUAAGUCUGUACCCAGAGUGUGCUCUCAUUCUAUGCACUAAUGAUAAGAACCUAUGCAGUAAGGCCCUCCUGAGUGGAGUGGAGGCCCUGAGCAAGAACGAUUUGGAGGCCGAGAUUAGAAAGCACAGACAUGGCUUUCAUCCUCUGCGAAACAUUAAGACUCCCAUGCUGCCCCACGUCAGCCCUCACCUCCCGUCACCAAUGCAGAGUGGGAGCUGUACACACAGUCAGGAGACGACAGGCCUUUCUGUAGAAGAGAGAGAUAACAAGCGACUGAGCACACGAGAGGAUGAAGAGAAGACCCGAUGGAACCCCAGCAGUGUUUGUGAACUCGAGGACUGCCUGCGAGACGUGCUGUCCGAUGUGUUGGAGGUGGAGAUGAAGGCCAACUACGAAGACCUCUGGCUGGAGAUAGUUUACCGAAAACCACCCUGGACUCUUCAAGAUGUCCUGCAGUGUUUGAAAAAGCACUGGAUUGCUGUCUUUGGGCACAUUGUCCCACGGAGGAAGCUGCAAACUGUUCUAAACCUCAUCGAAUUCUUCAACUCAGGUGAAGCAGCAAACUGUAGCGCUACGUCAGCAGCCCUCCAAGAAGCUAAGGAGCUGGUGAAAGUGUUUGGGAAAAGUUCCAGACUUGUUCCCAGUGCCAUCUCCAUACUGGACAACAUUUACAACAAGCUACAGCCGCAGUGGGAACCUCCUGCCUGUGAUGUUGUCAUGAACGAUAACGAUGAAGAGAAACAACCCUCAUCUGCUCAGGUCUCUCACCAGGAAGUGUGGGCCCUGUUUGAGAACAUCUGGUCUCAUGUGUUUCAAACAAGCUUGGAAGUGUUCAAAGCUCUGGGCUUUGACCCUCAUACCAUGCAGAGACCUCAGCCGGUGGGAGGCCCUCCGCCACCACAGGACGCCUUGGUCUGUUUGCACAAACUGUCCUCCAUGGUCUCACAGCUGCUCCAAGCCUUCAGCAGGGUCUUGUCUUCAGCCCCCGGUUUAGAGGAAGUUCAGGCACUGCUCGGCAUCAUCCACUCUAAUGAGAUUGUUGACAGGGAUUCCAGAUUGACAACCAAAGACCUUCUUGAUUGUUUCUCACAACAAGACUACAGGGAGAAGCUGAGAGUGGGAGGGAACCAGUUAAUGGGGCUUAAAGAGGCCCUGGACUGUUGUAUUGGGAGCACGGAUCAACACCUCACCACCACAUCAGCGCCCUGAUUGGAUCGCAAUCUGGGAGUCUGCAGCCAAACUCAAAUCCUUUACUUGAAUUAAAGACUGUUAUUUUGAAGGGAUGUCUCUGGUGACUGGAGCUAUUUACCUUUUUUUUUAAUUAUUGUAUAAAAAAAAAACCACAUUGUUGUUCUGGUUGCCUGAUGAAUGGAUGUCUUUCUCCAUCAUUGUAAGAGGCAAUACAUUUGUUUUCCACUGCAGUAUUGCUUUCCAUGUCCUCCAAUAAUCUGUCAGACACAACAUAUCCUGCCAAAUCACAGCUGAGCAGGGAUUUCUCCUUUCAGUCUUUCAACAUUUAAACAUUGUUUUAUAAUGUUAAAAGUUAUUAGUUAAAUAGUGCUGGCUUUUAUUAUUAUUUAAACAACGAUAUUUGCUUUUGAAACAUUGUUUAACAGUCUGCAUCAAUAGAAUUUGAGAUAUAUAUGUAUUUUGAUAUUUUUGGACCAUGUGAAUGUGUGAUGAUGCAACAAUGUCUGAAGUUCUAGGUUUACCCCUCGGCCCACUGUUCCCGUUAUUUAUGAUUGUUCAACUUCAGCGUGGGCUCAAAGGAAGAAUACCACAUUUAGGUAACUCCACUUCUUUGCUUUGACAUUAUCCAAACAUUGGAAGUUCUCUGUGUACUUCCUGUUUAACCAAACAGUCACAAGCAAUACUUUAGACUUGACAGAACUAACUGCAAGUGUAGCAAAAUGAUAAAACAAAUCAAUCGAUCCUGUUGGAGAGUAAGCAAGACUAUCCUUUGAGCUUCUUCUUUUUGAAAGACCAAAAUAUUGCCCAACAGCCUCAGUGAGAAGCUGACACCGAAUGGUUAUUUGGUUAUUAUAAGCUGUUGGUGAGGUUGUUACACAUAAUCACAGAUGAGGAACACGGCUUUAAUAGAGACUAGAUUGAAAAGCAGUGAGUUUUCAGCUUUUGCUAGUUUUGGUUGAUUUUUAAAUAGAAAUGCAAAUAAUUGGAGAACACAAAAUAUAUUUUAUGUGAAGGAGUUAAAUGUUUUGAAGUUUUGUCUUAUCGAUUUCUUUUUCUUGUAUGCAUCGUCUGCUUCUGUUGAUCUUCGAGUAGAAAUGAUUUUAUCCUCAGUAACGGUAAUUACAGUCGGUUCAUCUUGUGUAGCUGCUUUCCUUGUGUUUCCUGCAGUUUGUAGGAGAGGCUCACCAUUAUUAUUAUUAGUAUUAUAGGAUGUGUGCUGUGAUCAAUAGCCUGAGUGUGAAUGCAUGUGGCCGCAUGUGUGUGCAUGAAGAUUAAGGGGAUUACAACACAGGUGAUGCCAGCAAACGGACUGAGAUCACACACACACACACACACACACACACACACAGAGGCUAAAGCAUCAGACGUCACACAGGUGAAGAGAGUACAGGGGAGAGGACAGGAAACGAGGGCCAAGGAUGAUCUGAAGUCAGUGAACUUCCCGCUUCAUUAAAUCAUUGCAGAACGCAGACAGCUGACAUUGAACGUUUUUGUUUUGUGUGCUUUGAAUUUUAAAUCUCACUUUGAGUGAAAAGGGACCAUGUCUCAUUAGAUACUGUAUUAUCAAGAGCCUGGCUUUUAUUUAGGAUUGUUGAUGUGAUGGAAUUUUUACAUUUAUUUCCAGAGGAACAACCACCGGUUUUAUUUCCUCUUAAAGUUUUAGUUUUGCCAAAAAUCACUAAUAUUGUUUCUAAUCUAUUUGCAUGCUUAGUUGCCUCUACAUUUCAACAAUAGAUUUUGCCUUUUUUUUUUUUUUUUUUUUUUAAACCAAGCACUUCAUUCAGUCUGUUCUUUUCAAGGAUUGUAUGAAUCCAAAGCCAAGAGGAAGUCAGCAAAGCUUGUUCCCAAUUAACUGAAAGGGAGAAUGGGGGCUGGACAUUAGUCUACAUAGUUCAUUGCCUCGCCACAUCUAAGAGGGCCGACUGAUCAGAGUCCAAGUAUUUAGUCCCUGCUUCCUGUAGCACAUGGCCCAUCUGCUGUGACUGUCCGGUGUAUCAGCAGGUUAUCAGAGGCAACCUUGUGAACGAGUGCAGGGUUAGGGAUUUCAUAAAGCGCCUGACGUGCAGCCGGUCCCCUCAGCACUACUGCAGCCCAGAGUGUCGGCGUGCCUUCCUGCUGAGCUCCGUUAGCCGGUUUAGUAUAAUCUCUCCUAAAAGACACUUAGAGGAGCAGAAAAAAAACAAACCCAACAUGGCUUAGUGUGGUAGACCCUGAGGAAAAUGGUGGCACUGAAACCUUAGACAGCAGUGACCAGGAGACGGCAAUUACUUGGCAGAACACGAGGUAGACGAAGUGGCAGUAAAAGCUAAAUUUAGGGACGGCAAAUCAGCUGUUGGAAACUUAGUCAAGGCUUGAAGCACCAGCUGCUGAUCAACUACUUCAAAAUGCUGACGCCUAUAAUACAAUCACAACCAGACACAUCUUCAAUGUUAACUAGUAGUGCCCUGGCAAGUUGCUGCCCUGGCAAGUUGCUGCCCACCAUCACUUAAUGACAUUUAGAAAGUAGGCUGGAGACAAAGAUCUGAUUUAAAUGAUUUAUUCAUUAAGAAAUGUUACAAAUGUGAUAAUUUCUUGUUCUAACAUUCCUUCCAGAUGAAUCUGCCAAUGCCUGACACUUUAAACACAAAAUGGAGAAAAAAAAAAAAAAAAAGGAUCUUCAGUAAACUGCAUCUCUACAUACAUCAAUUAGUUAAAUCACAAUAACAAAAGUGUGGUUAGCAGAAGCAUGGUUGUGCGUGUGUGGUGUGUGCACAAAAACUACUGGCACUGGUUAGAUUCAUUGACUUUAAGCUGUCUGCUACUACUCUUACUUUAUCGGUAAAUCAGCAGUGUAUAAAAAAA